AUGACAUACCGUGUAAUGAUCUUUGCACCACGCAAAUCCAACAUUACACACGAAGAGUUCAAGACCCGCUACGAGCAGCACAUGCGCAUGAUAGCAGGUAUCUGCGGCGAUGCAGCCCCUCUCUCGCACACACGAUCGUAUCUAAAACACGACACGAAAUCUAAUCCGAUGUUGCUAGCGGGAAGCGUCGAAGAGACAUACGAUGCCGUGGUGACCAUGUCAUUUGAAGAUGAGGCUGGCUUUGGCAGGUUUUGUCAGGCGUUGGGUACGCCGGAGGCUACGGCGAUGGUUGAGGCUGACGAGGCGGGAUUUUGGGAUCGGAAGAGGAUGAAGGUUAUGGUUGUUGAGGAUGUGAAGGAUGGAUUGGAAUAG